AACGCGGCCGUGCUCCUCGAAUUUGACGAGAUUUGGCGAAGCCGCCCGCGCGCGGCGCGCCCUCGGCCCCUCGCCAACAACAGGCGCGACGAAUCCGGUUCAAAUCCAUUAAAGAAAGGGGCCCCACACGCGGGGGCCACUUCACCGACAUGUCGUCCCCACCGCCGCAGCGCCCGCCAGCUACGUCCCCGCCCGCGCCGGCCGCCGCCGCCGCCUCCCCCCAGCCGCUCCCCCGCGCCUUCCUCGCCGCGGCGGCCUCCUCGCCCCGCCGCGCCGCCGCGUCCCCGGCGCCGGCACCGCCGCCCCCGCCCUUCACCGGCCGCCCGCUGAACCCUAACCCUAGCCACCAUGCCACCGCCGCCCACGGCAUCCUCUAUCCCGUCGCCACGUCCUCCGCCGCGGCGGCUGCGGCCGCCGCCACCGCGAACCACCGCCGCGCGCCCGCGGUCGCCGUAGGGUACCCUCGCGCCCACGCCGUCGCGGUGCCCAUAGUGCAGCCGCAGCAUCCCCUGGCGCCCACGCAUGGCCGGUCGUUCCCCGCCGCCCCGAGGGCGGUGGUGGCAGGUGUGUCGUCGCGCCCCGAGCAGCCUCCCCGAGGAGUCCCUAUAGCUCAGCAAGCACAGCCCAAGGUCAUUCCACUACCAGCUGUAACUCCAUCUCCUCAAGAGAUCAACAACUCAAAAGAUAGUGAAAGGAGCAAGGAGGACUCUACAACAGUGGUUAUUAAUGACCGUAAAGUUAACUUGAUGGAUAGUGAGUCAGGAUCCUUGUAUGCACUUUGUCGAUCAUGGGUGCGUAAUGGAGUUCCACAUGAAAGUCAGUUCUUGCAGCCAAGCUUUGGAACUGGUGCACCAAUUCUUCCAAGACCACUGCCUGCUUCAGUCGUGGACUCUAGGAUAUCAGAAAAGGACAAUGAUGCUGAGAAAGAGAACUCAGAGGAAGAGAAGAAUGAAACCGGUGAAUAUACUGCAAGUGACUUGCUGAAGCAGCAUGUGAAGCGUGCAAAAAAGAUCCGUGCUGGUUUGCAAAAGGAGCGGCUCCGACGGAUUGAAAGAUACAAGCAGCGCCUUGCACUUCUCUUACCCCCGCCUAGCGAGCUUGGGAAGCAUGAUGGUCAUUCGUAGAAGUGUAAAACCGACCCAAUUUGUAUUCAAGUGUUGUAGUAGCUCUUAUGUAGCCUUGGUGUUGCCGUUUUAGUUAAGAAAAGAAAAAUCUGAAGAAGCUGAAACAGCAUUUCAUCUGCUGGCCUGUAACUUCGUUAGCAUAGUCGUUCGAGCGACAUAUACUUACCCAACAACAAACUUUGACCUCCAUGUAAACGUCUUCUCCGGCUGUGUUCAGCGUUUGAGUUUAACAUAGUUUUAUGCAAUGACUUGUGCUAUUUAUGCUGCUGGAUGUUUGUACUAGACAAGAAAUUUGAUGGCUGUAUGCACGAGUGUUUUUGCA